AUGUUGCGCGUUGUGUCGUUGGGCUCGCUCGUGAGUGACCCGCGCUUCUUUCGCCAGCACACGCACGGACUCAUGCCGUACCCGGUGGGCUACACGGUCGAGCGCGGCGUCUUCGUUGGGGCCGGCGGGGGCGCCGCCGGGGAGCGGAGGAAGCUGCUGCUCCCCGGCGACCCCGGCGCGGACGCGCACGUGGCGGAUGUGUACUUCACCGCCACGAUUAAGAAAGGGCCGGGCGGGGCGCCGCUGUUUGAGGUGACCCGCAGCGACUGCCCCGACGUUGUGCACAGCGGCGACAACCCCUCCACGCCGUGGCGAAAGGCGUUUGAGGCGGCAGAGCGGGAGUUCCCGCAAAACGCAGCGGAGCUCGCAAAGGAGAGGCGCGACGCACAGGGGGGUGUGGCGGUGCGGGGGCAAAAGUUGUUUGGGUUGACCUUCGACGGCGUCCUGGAGCGUCUAAGGACGCUGCCGGGCGCCAGUGUUCUCUCUCAGGGCGGGAAGCGCUCUCCACGGCCCUCUGCAAGGGGAGGGAAAAAAUCGCGCGAGGGCAGCGUGGCUACGACGAGGGCGGCGGCGGCGGCGGCGACAGAAAAGCCUGCGAAGCGUCCACGGGCACGCACCUCCUUGGAGGGUUCACAGCAGAGCGCCGCGCCGACGGAUGCGUCGGCCCCACUGAAGCGGCGACGCGUCGCAAAGAAGGAGGUGAGCCAGAACGACGACAAGAACUCCGCGACGCUUGUUGACGACGAGGAUGUCCCCUUCAGUGUGUCUUUGGCCGGGAGACUGGGCGGCGUGCGCGCGCCGUGUCCGGAGUGCGGCCUCAUGACCAUGUUUUGCCCCAUGACGGGCCAAGCCCACGCGGUAGGUGUGUCACAGGGCAACAGCGGGGGCGCUGCGCAUGGGGAGGCGGCGGGCAAGGCACGCCGAACACCGCGAAAGAAGGAGGUAUCGCCCGCUGCUUCUGCAGCGGCGUCGAAGCGGGCCGGACGCAAGCGACCACGUGACACCGAUGCAGCCGACGGAACGAAAGCGGCGAGCGGCAAAAGCUCGGAGAGAGGAGGCGUGGGUAGGCAGGCGGCUCGACGCAAGGCGACAACGUCUGAGACGCCUUCGGCAUCCGCGGCGGCAACACCGACAGGUAGCCAGAGGAAGCGGCAGGUUCAGCUGAAGUUGCAGGUUGCUGAGAGUCAAGCGGAGUCGUGCGACCCAGAUGACAUGCCUUUGACGGUGCGUCUCGCAAAGAGCAUUGUGGCGGUGUCUACUGCCACUGCCGCCGCCGCCGCCACCGCAGUGCCUCCCUCACUGCCCGUGUCGCCAUUGCCACCACCGCCGCUUUGGAGACCCCCAUUGGAGGCGGCUGAAUCGCAAAAGGCGGUGCAGGUGCUGCAGCGUCUUAUUCGUGCGGAGGAAGUAAUCCACGUGCCGUUUGCUGCGCUGCUGCAGAUUCCCUUGCUGGCCGCCCCCAAACCGCGACCGGUGAAGAAGAAGAGCGAGCCCGUCACGGCCACCGAGCAGCCCGGGGCUGACGCUGAGGGCGUUGCCGACAAGGACGCCGACGCCGGCGCGGCGGCUGCCAAAAUGAAAACGGCGAAUAACCCGCUUGAAGGAAAGGACCGACACCCACUGGACGUCGUAGAUGUCGCCGUCAGUGUCGCGGGGAAGCGUUACGUGAAGUUUAUGCAGCUCUACACAAGCGAGAGGACGAAACUUGACCUGUUGAGAAAAGCUGACGCGGUCCCAGCGGUGCCGAGGACGCAUGCCUCGCUUAGGAAGCGAGCAGCAAAGAAUGACGAGGAGAAUGUGCAACCUCCUCGUGCUCCUGCUGCAAAUGGUGGAAGUGAUCAAGUGAAGCCGGAGCCACAACAGAGCUAA